UUUAUCACGACGUAAUAACAAUAAUUCAUGUGUUUCGCAGCGAUAUAGGUAGUACACGGGGUUUUGGCGUUGGAUUUCUUUCUAAAACAAGAGCCUAGGCGACUUGUAAUUUUAUAGAUAUUCUUUUUUAAUGGUUGAACGAAAACAACACAAAAAUGAAAACGCGAUUCUCGACGUUGGACAUAAUGUGUGUCGUCAACGAAAUUCAAAAAUACAAAGGCAUGAGAUUACAAAGAGUUUAUGACAUUGAUCAUAAAACAUAUUUGUUCAAAUUUCAACUUAACAAUGAAAAGUGUGUAUUGUUAUUGGAAUCUGGUGUUCGAUUACAUGUCACUAAUUAUGAAUGGACUAAGAAUGAAGCACCUAGUAGUUUUAGCAUGAAGUUAAGAAAACACUUAUCAAACAAACGGUUGGAAAAAUUAACACAAAUGGGAUUUGAUCGAAUUAUUGAUCUGCAGUUUGGUGUUGGAGAAGCAGCAUAUCAUGUUAUACUAGAAUUAUAUGAUAAAGGCAAUAUUAUUUUAGCAGAUAAAGAUUAUAUUAUGAUAAAUAUUUUACGUCCGCACACUGAGGAUGAAAAACAGAAGUUUUUUGUUAAAGAGGUGUACCCAAAUAGCAGACCAAAAAAUCGACUUAAUCCACCAACGGAAGAUUCUUUAAUACAAAUUCUGAAAACAGCUAAACAUUCAACAAACUUAAAAAAAUUUAUUUUUUCAAAUUUUCCAAAUUGCUUAGAUUAUGGAAAUUGUUUAUUGGAACAUAUGUUAAUAAGUGGUGGUUUUCCAACAAAUACCAGAAUUGGUAUUGAAUUUAAUAUUGAUACAGAUAUUCAAAAGCUUAUGAAUUGUUUUUGUAUUGCUGAAAAAUUCUUAGAUAAUAUAACUACAUUAAAAGAAGGUUUUAUAAUUCAAAAAAUUGAUCAACAAUUGUUACCUGAUGGUAUUAUGAAAGAAUUGUGUACCAAUCAAGAGUAUCAUCCUUUUUUGUUUGCUCAACAUCAGAAAUUACCUUCAAAAACUUAUGAAAGUUUUAAUGAAGCGGUAGAUGAAUUUUAUUCAAAUUUAGAAAGCCAAAAAUAUGAUGUCAAGUGCAUGCAACAAGAAAAAGGAGCUGUUAAAAAGCUACAAAAUAUUGUUAAAGACCAUGAAGAACGACUUAAAAAACUUCAAGAUACACAAGAUGAACACAAAUUCAAAGCUGAAUUAAUAACUAACAAUUUGGAUCUUGUUGACAAUACUAUACAGUUUGUAAGGCAAGCAGUAGCUAAACAACUGCAUUGGGAUGAGAUUUGGGAUAUGAUUAGACAAUUAAAUUUUGAAGAUGAUGGAUGUACAUAUGCCAUAGUUAAGAAUUUGAAAUUGAGUGUGAAUCACAUAACACUUCAACUGUUUGAUCCUUAUAAUGAAGAAAACAAAAAUGAAGAGAACAGUCAAUUAAUUGAUAUAGAUUUAGGUCAGUCUGCUUUUGGAAAUGCUGAAAGAUACUAUGGAUCUAAAAAACAAUCAGCAAUCAAAGAGAAAAAAACCAUUGACUCCUCAAGUACAGUUUUAAAAAUGGCUGAAAAAAAAACUAAACAAACUUUGAAAGAUAUGCAAGUUGUUGCUUCUAUAAAUAAAGUUCGCAAAACAUAUUGGUUUGAAAAGUUUUAUUGGUUUAUAUCUUCGGAAAAUUAUUUAGUUAUUGCUGGACGUGAUGCUCAUCAAAAUGAAGUUAUUGUUAAACGAUAUAUGAAGUCAUCAGAUGUUUAUGUGCAUGCUGGAUUUAGUGGUGCAACUACUGUUAUAAUAAAAAAUCCAAUAAAUCAACCUGUCCCUCCUGCUACACUCAAUGAAGCAGCUGUUAUGGCAAUUUCAUACAGUGUUUCUUGGACUAUGAAAAUUAAUUUACAAAAUGCAUUUUGGGUGAAACCUGAACAAGUAUCUAAAACUGCGCCCACUGGAGAAUAUUUGACUACUGGCAGCUUUAUGAUACGUGGCAAAAAAAACUAUUUACCAGCAACUCAUCUUAUAUUAGGUUUAAGCUUUCUGUUUAAACUAGAAGAUAGUUCUAUACCUAGACAUGCGAAUGAACGCAAAAUUAAAGGUAUCGAAUGUGAAGGCUUAGAUAACAUUGAACAAAACAAUGAUGAAUUUGAAAAUAUACCGAGUGAAAAUGAUAGUGAUGAAGAUUUAGAGAAAAAUAUAGAAACUCAAAACGAAGAAACCUCAUAUACAGUCAAUGAUGAUGGUCAAAGUCUAGAUGUUAAAACAAAUAAUAAACAUUCAGAAGAAGAAGCAGAAAAAGAAGAAUUAAGAUUCAAUAAUGAAACGUCAAAAAAUGUUAUAGAUGUAACAAGUAUUCCAAACUGCAGUGAUACAUGUAAAUCUGUCGAACAAUCUGAUGCUGCAUCUUCAGAUAGUGAUGAUGAUGAUGAUGAUAUCGAACUGGAUGAUGUCAAUGAUUUAGAUAAAAAAAAUGAAUCUAAUAAACCUCAAAUUUUGAAACGUGGCCAACGAGGAAAAUUAAAGAGAAUCAAAGAAAAAUACAAAGAUCAAGAUGAAGAUGAAAGAGAAAUGAGAAUUAAAUUACUACAAUCAUCAAUGAAUGAAGACAAAAAACUGAAACGUGCUAAAAAGAAAGACAAAAAGAAUAAAAAGUCUACAGAUAAAAAUAAAGCGGCUGGAAAUAAAAAAAUAUUCAUCAAACCUUUGCCUAUGCUUCUUGAAGCACCUAAUGAUACAAUUCAACUUGAAUUACAAAAAGAACCAAUAAAGAAAUCUGAGGAUAAUGAAAAUUCGGAAGAUGAUGAAACAGAUAAACCAACAGAUCUAACUGAAACCCAUAUGUUGGAUUCAUUAACUGGUGUUCCAUACGCUGAAGAUGAAUUACUUUUUGCUGUACCAGUAGUAGCCCCCUACACUGCCCUCACAAAUUAUAAAUACAAGUUAAAAUUAACACCUGGAAACACAAAAAGAGGUAAAGCAUCAAAGACAUGUUUGAAUUUGUUUUUAAAAGACAAAACGUCAACAACCAGAGAAAAAAACUUGAUGAAGAGCGUCAACGUACAGGAUAUUGCUAGAAACAUACCAAACGGGGUUAAAUUGUCUGCCCCAUCACUCAGUAAAGUUCUUAAUAAAUAGGCAGAUAAUAAGCAUUGUAUAUACUUAAUUAUUACACAAUAGAAACUAAAACCUCUAUAUUAGUAUACCAACUGUUAUAUCCGACUUACAUCUAAAAUUAAUAUAAUAUUAAUAUUAGGGUUUGUUGUUAAUUUAGAAAUAUUUUAUUUUGUAUAUCGUGCUUAUUUUUGAACACUAUGUUGUUAAUUAUAUUAUUUUUCAAUUAUAAUAAA